UUCCAGCUUGUUGCGAAAACGGAUGUGACUGCUGUAACAGGCCCAUGUCUGAGAACCCAGACAGACGGUCACAUUUCAGCAGAGAGUCCGCUUCACACUCGAACACGGUCGGCCAAGUCGAGACGGCAGCAGCAGAGCAAGAUGGAGUGCGAGUGGAAGCCAGACGAGCAAGGACUUCAACAGAUCUUACAGCUGCUGAAAGAGUCUCAGUCGCCAGAUACGUCCACGCAGAGAUCUGUCCAGCAAAGACUCGAGCAGCUGAACCAGUAUCCAGACUUCAACAACUAUUUGAUAUUUGUUUUGACAAAGUUCAAAUCAGAAGACGAACCAACGCGCUCCCUGAGUGGGCUGAUACUGAAGAACAAUGUGAAAGCCCACUAUCAGAACUUCCCCAAUGGCGUGUCUGAUUUCAUCAAGAGCGAGUGCCUCCAAAACAUCGGAGACUCGUCUCCCCUCAUCCGGGCCACUGUAGGUAUCCUCAUCACCACCAUCGCCUCAAAGGGAGAGCUACAGAACUGGCCGGGGCUUCUACCUAAACUCUGCCUGCUGUUGGAUUCUGAGGACUACAACACGUGUGAGGGAGCGUUUGGAGCGCUGCAGAAAAUCUGCGAGGACUCUGCUGAGAUCCUGGACAGUGACAUACUGGAUCGUCCUCUGAACAUCAUGAUCCCAAAGUUCCUGCAGUUCUUUAAGCACAGCAGUCCUAAGAUUAGGUCUCAUGCCAUCGCCUGCGUUAAUCAGUUCAUCAUCAGCAGGACUCAGGCUCUUAUGCUGCACAUCGACCCUUUCAUUGAGAACCUGUUUGCACUGGCGACAGAUGAGGAACCAGAAGUGAGGAAGAAUGUGUGCAGAGCUCUCGUCAUGCUGCUGGAGGUUCGCCUGGACCGUCUCCUGCCACACAUGCACAACAUCGUAGAGUACAUGCUACUGAGGACUCAGGACCAGGAUGAAAAUGUUGCCUUGGAAGCCUGUGAGUUCUGGCUUACUCUGGCGGAGCAGCCCGUGUGUAAGGAAGUGCUGUGUGGACACCUCUCCCAGCUCAUUCCAGUGCUUGUCAAUGGGAUGAAGUACUCUGAGAUUGACAUAAUCCUGCUCAAGGGGGACACCGAGGAGGACGAGGCCAUUCCGGACAACGAGCAGGACAUCCGGCCGCGCUUCCAUCGCUCCCGCACUGUUGCCCAGCAGCACGAGGGCGAUGGCAUCGAGGACGACGAAGACGAGGACGAUGAGCUGGACGACGAUGAUGAUACGAUCUCUGAUUGGAACCUGCGGAAGUGUUCAGCUGCAGCGUUGGACGUGUUGGCCAACGUGUUCAGGGACGAUCUGUUGCUGCACAUUCUGCCCCUUCUCAAGGAGCUGCUCUUCCAUCCAGAGUGGGUUGUGAAAGAGUCUGGCAUCCUCGUGCUGGGGGCUAUAGCUGAAGGCUGCAUGCAGGGCAUGAUCCCGUACCUGCCGGAGCUCAUUCCCCAUCUCGUGCUGUGUCUGGCUGACAAGAAGGCCCUGGUGCGCUCCAUCACCUGUUGGACACUGAGCCGUUAUGCUCACUGGGUCGUCAGCCAGCCUCCGGAUACUUACCUGAAGCCUUUAAUGACGGAGCUGCUCAAACGUAUUCUGGACAGCAACAAGCGUGUGCAGGAGGCUGCGUGCAGUGCCUUUGCCACUUUGGAGGAGGAGGCUUGUACAGAGCUGGUUCCCUACCUGGCCUUCAUCCUGGACACGCUGGUGUUCGCUUUCAGCAAGUACCAGCACAAAAAUCUGCUCAUUCUGUACGACGCCAUCGGAACGCUCGCAGACUCAGUGGGGCAUCAUCUCAAUAAACCGGAAUACAUCCAGAUGUUGAUGCCUCCACUGAUCCAGAAAUGGAACCAGCUGAAAGAUGAAGACAAGGACCUCUUCCCUUUAUUAGAAUGUCUGUCGUCUGUGGCCACUGCCCUGCAGAGCGGCUUCCUGCCCUACUGUGAGCCUGUGUACCAACGCUGUGUCAACCUGGUGCAGAAGACGCUCGCUCAGGCCAUGCUUUAUCAGUCACAGCCAGACCAGUAUGAAGCCCCGGACAAAGACUUCAUGAUCGUGGCUUUGGAUCUUCUGAGCGGCCUGGCGGAGGGUUUGGGAGGCACCAUUGAGGAGCUGGUGGCCCGCAGCAACAUCCUCACCCUCAUGUACCAGUGCAUGCAGGACAAAAUGCCAGAAGUGCGUCAGAGUUCCUUUGCUCUGCUGGGGGAUCUAACCAAGGCUUGUUUCCAGCACGUCAAACCCUGCAUCGCUGAUUUCAUGCCCAUACUGGGUACUAAUUUAAACCCAGAAUUAAUAUCAGUGUGCAACAAUGCAACAUGGGCAAUUGGAGAGAUAUCUAUACAAAUGGGGUCUGAGAUGCAGCCGUACAUUGCCAUGGUGCUGCACCAGCUGGUGGAGAUCAUUAACAGGCCAAAUACCCCAAAGACUCUACUGGAGAACACAGCAAUAACAAUUGGUCGUCUUGGUUACGUUUGUCCUCAAGAGGUGGCACCCAUGCUACAGCAGUUUAUAAGACCCUGGUGCACCUCUCUGCGAAACAUAAGAGACAAUGAGGAGAAAGACUCUGCGUUCAGAGGAAUCUGCACCAUGAUCAGUGUAAACCCGGGAGGUGUAGUGCAGGAUUUUAUAUUCUUCUGCGACGCAGUGGCCUCCUGGGUGAAUCCAAAGGACGAUCUCAGAGACAUGUUCUACAAGAUCCUUCACGGGUUCAAGAACCAGGUGGGCGAGGAAAACUGGAUGCGCUUCUCGGAUCAGUUCCCCAUGCCGCUGAAGGAGCGGCUGGCGACCUUUUACGGGGUGUAACUGUUUCCACGGCAGUGUGCCUCGUCGCUGGGGUCAUUCACUAUGGGAGACAAUAUAGGGAACCUCUUUUACCCAGGGAACAUGUUACCCUUUACUGGGGGGAAGGGUCUGCCUGCUGAGGGGAGGGAAGGGGGGUGCGUACCCCUCCCCGACCUGAAGGGCGGGGUGGGAGGGAGGUGGUAGCUGCAGUGCCCGGUGCCCCCAUGCACAGGCAAGGGGGUGGGGGGGAGGGACUGCCAGAAAAACCUUAUCAUGGGAGGAAAAUUCACGUUAUCACAUCUUAAUCAGAAGUAAUGAAAUCGAUCACUUUUUUCUCCCCAUUUAUUCCCCAAACUUCUGUUAUUAUCCGUUAGCUGAACUACUGAGAAGAAAUGUAAGCAACACUCUGUGAAGCAUUUUGCUCGUUUAAUUGUUGGUUAGAGGAGUUCGCACCUUGUAAGGUGCAGAAAAUGCUCUUCAGAGCCAGAUACGCUUUCAUUAUCAUGUCAGACUGAUAAACGCUGUGUUAGUUCUCAACACCACUGAAUUCUACCAGGAGAGGAGAACACUGUUCAUUUAAAAUGCAGUUCAGUUGAUGGUUCUUCAAGAGGUAUUUUCUCUCAAUACAAGGACAGCUCAAAUCUAAGGAAUAGCAGCUGAUGCUAAGAAAGCAUCGUAUUGGGUCCGACUCGUGAUUAUAGAAUGCUGCAUAUCACCAAGUAUAAAGUAUCGCCUCUAUAGCUAUCAGUUCUUUCCGUGUUUCUUUUCUUUAUCAGGGCAAAAGCUGUUGAUUAUGUCACUGGAGAGCACGAGGUUUUCUUUUCAGAGCAGCUUUUCUGGGAAUAGGUAGCAUGCUUGUGUUAUUGUGAAGAGCUGUGGAACAUUAGUGGUGUGUGUUGCGUUCGACAGCAGUCAUUGCCCUGUGAUGAGGUUCUCCUUUGGCCUUGUGAUUUAUCUAUUUACAGUACUUUUGUUUCGGUUUCCUCUACCUGAGAUUUACGGCGAUCAGCCGUAACGUAGCAUGACUGGGUUUACACACACCAGAUUCAGGAGAUGUGUCAAACGUCGGCUGCGUGACGCGGACGUUCACAGGCGAGCACAGCAAAGCUUUGGAUGCUUACAGUCCUUUAUAGGGUCUGAGCCUCGUGGAGGGGAAAUGAAGGAGACACCACAGCGACACCAAUACCGUCUUAGUGAUUCCUUUUGUGACUCUCUGGCUGUCAGAACCACGCAGUCCAUCGAAUGAAUGUUUAACCUGUUUCUUUCUCAAUGUACUGAUGUUUUCUUCUUGGUUGUUUGGCUUCGUGUGCGUAAAGCAUGAUCUCGAGGAUGACCGUGUAAUUGUUUCGGGUGGUUGUGUUUUGUGGGGUACUUUCAUCUCUUGCAUGUUGGUGGCCCCUCACAGCCCAACGUAUCGUGGGAGGGGGACUACGGGAGGGAGGGGAGCUUUAAUUCAAGUUUUUUAAACAGUACAUAGUAGCCAUGUACAGUAUGUAUCGCAACACUGGGACUUUUAUAACUUCACACGAAUCUUGCUGGAGUGUUCUCCCUAAACGUUGACCCCCCCAUAGCUGGAUGUAUAGUUUUUAAAUACUGUGAAACUACAACAAUGUUUUUGUCUCUGGUUGUUUUGCGCUGUUAUAUUUUAUAAAGUGUGUAAGUGUUUGAGCUACAAAUAGCCUGAAUGUAUUCCAUGAUGGGUUGGAGAGUUUAAUUCAGUUCUUUUUUUUAGUUUUUUUUAAUGCCCUGCCAGUCAUUUUUCCUCUGCUGGCCAGAGUAAUAACUGCAGUAUUUUAACCCUUUGCGAUGCACCUAACAUGCACUUAAAAGUUAAAAUGACGAGUGCUUGAAAUUAAUGAUGUAGCCAAACUCUUCAGAAUAUGACCUUAGUUGUAACGGAUCAUUGAGUAUUGCUGCUAAAAUGUUUUUACCUAAUGCAGUAAGUAUCUCGACUAUAAUAGUAUCUCUAUUAGAAUGUGAAAGUACUUUAGUGUCUCAGAUACACUUUCACAGUACAACGAUAUAUAAAUGAUCUCUUAGAUCUAUCAUUAAGGAGGUAAACAGUGAUUUAUAAUGCAUCAUGGAAUACACAGGCAAAUACUUGUAUGUGCCACAUCAUUUUGUGUUUUGAAGUGAUUUUGUCUGUCACAUUCCAGCUGUUUGGCAUGCAAAAAAAAGGAGUAAUCGUGGCUUGAUGGUGUGUGUGUGUGUGUGUGUGUGUGUGUGUGUGUGUGUGUGUGUGUGUGAACGCAAACAGUCCUGUUAUUCUUUCAUUGAAAGAGGGUAGGUCUAUAAAACACAUGCGAAACAAUCCCCACCAUUACUGUGCUGUAUUUCCGACUCGACCGCUGCUAUACAUUGUAGUUGUGUUUCACUACUUGAAUACGUGUUUUCUAUGUGUUUACCUCAGGUCGUCUGUGUUUCAGUGUUAUUCGUUAUGAUUUCCCCUACGUGUGUACGCCUUCAUGCAUCUCCUCUCAACAACUAAAGAUUCGUAAAACUCUCGCCCUUCAUAUGUAAAGUGGGUAGCCAUGGGUGUUAAUUAACAAUGUUUAUGUGUGCGCAACACAGCUAGCUGUCAAAUGUGAAUACAGUUGCAAGGCAAGGGGGAAGAAUAAAAUGGUAACUUGCACAUACUUCAUGUACUUUUCGUCAAAAGUGAUUGUUAACAUACUACGGUAAAUAUUUAGUGUGAUGUGUACACAAUGCCUUGAGAGCAAGUACUUUGAGGUUGUGUUGGUGUUUUGCAGUAGAUAUGCAGUAUACCGUAUCUAAAGAAACAGGUGACGACUCAAAGAUAAUGUUGUGAACAUAAUUUGCAAGUUUGACUUUCUACGAAGCUUUACUGAAGAAAAAAAAAUUGUAUUUUAUAAAGCGCCCACCAAUAUUAAGGAAUGUCUAGUCAAAGAACUCCCGUAUGCUCAUUUAGCCUUCACACUUGAUUAGACUAUCUGCCUUCAUCUUUUUUGCUAAUAAAAGCAGAAACAUCAUUUUGAUGGACAUGGUUUGAAUUCUUUUUUUUUUUUUUUUUUUUUAAUAAGCUGCUGAAUUUAAAAAAAGUAAUACUUUUGGGGCCACCAAAUAUUUUGGAUCAUGCAAAGAAUCUAUAUUGUAUUGUAGUAAUUUUGUAAUAUUUGUAAGAUGAUAUAGUGGAUGUGACUGGUUACCAUUGCUUGAUCCUGUACAAUGUUCCAAUAAAUUGUUUACAUUA